GUGUAAAGUGGCCAUCCUUCCUUAAAUUAUAUCCUCAAAGCCAAAGUUGCUCACUCCUUCACACACACACAUAACAGCUCCAAGUCCCCUCUUUAGUCCACCGGAAGGAAGAAGAUGAUCUCAUGGCACGACCUCUAUACGGUCCUCACGGCCGUGAUUCCCCUCUACGUCGCUAUGAUCCUCGCCUACGGCUCUGUACGGUGGUGGAAAAUCUUCUCCCCCGACCAAUGCUCCGGAAUAAACCGUUUCGUCGCCAUCUUCGCCGUCCCUCUCCUCUCUUUCCACUUCAUCUCCACCAACAACCCUUACGCCAUGAACCUCCGUUUCAUCGCAGCAGACACCCUCCAAAAAAUCCUCAUGCUCGCCCUCUUGGUUCUCUGGGCUAACUUCACCCGCUCCGGUAGCCUCGAGUGGAGCAUCACAAUCUUCUCCCUCUCCACGCUCCCCAACACGCUCGUCAUGGGGAUCCCUCUCCUGAUCGCCAUGUACGGCGAGUACGCCGGAUCGCUCAUGGUCCAAGUCGUCGUCCUCCAGUGUAUCAUAUGGUACACGCUUCUCCUUUUCCUCUUCGAGUUUCGCGGCGCCAAGAUGCUCAUCAUGGAGCAGUUCCCCGAGACGGCCGCUUCCAUCGUUUCGUUCAAGGUCGAAUCCGACGUCGUUUCACUCGACGGGCACGAUUUUCUUGAGACGGACGCGGAGAUAGGAGACGACGGGAAGCUCCACGUCACCGUGAGGAAGUCAAACGCCUCACGCCGCUCUUUCUGUGGACCUAACAUGACUCCACGGCCCUCGAAUCUCACCGGAGCUGAGAUUUACAGCUUAAGCACCACUCCUAGAGGCUCAAACUUCAACAACUCAGAUUUUUACUCGAUGAUGGGCUUCCCCGGCGGCCGUUUAUCCAACUUCGGCCCAGCGGAUAUGUACUCCGUGCAGUCUUCUAGAGGCCCCACUCCAAGACCUUCGAACUUCGAGGAGAAUAGCGCUAUGGCUUCCUCCCCGAGGUUCGGGUAUUAUCCAGGAGGAGGAGGCGGGUCUUACCCGGCUCCGAAUCCUGAGUUCUCUUCAACAACCGGCACAUCUAUUGCCAGUAAAGCCGUCAGUAAAAAUCUUACGAAUCCUCAAACGGGCGGCAAGGCGAACAAUCAUGACGCGAGCGCCAAGGAACUACACAUGUUCGUGUGGAGCUCAAACGGGUCACCCGUUUCGGACCGGGCGGGUCUUAACGUAUCCGAUGGAGCUCCUGGUUCGGGAUCAAACAACGAACAAGGUGCCAAAGAGAUCCGAAUGUUAGUCCCUGAGCAAUCUCAGAACGGAGAGAGCAAAGCUUUAGCUCGUCCGGCGAGUGGAGACUUCGGAGGUGAACGGUUUAGCUUCGCUGGAAGAGAAGAAGAAGGAGAGAGAGCAAAAGACGCCGAGAACGGAUUGAACAAACAUGCUCCUAGUUCCUCGGCGGAGCUACAAUCAAAAACAGGACUGGGAGCCGCCGGAGGAGGCGAAGGGAGUCACGUGAAACAUAUGCCGCCGGCGAGUGUGAUGACGAGGCUGAUACUGAUCAUGGUGUGGAGGAAGCUGAUCAGAAACCCUAACACUUACUCUAGCCUCAUUGGCCUCAUCUGGGCGCUUGUUGCUUUUCGGUGGCACGUGGCAAUGCCCAAAAUCAUUCAACAAUCUAUCUCCAUUCUAUCUGAUGCUGGUCUUGGAAUGGCUAUGUUCAGUUUGGGGUUGUUCAUGGCGUUGCAACCUAAAUUAAUCGCUUGUGGGAACUCAGUGGCAACAUUUGCGAUGGCCGUUAGGUUCCUCACCGGUCCGGCCGUCAUGGCGGUUGCCUCUAUAGCCAUUGGAUUGCAUGGUGAUUUACUACGUGUCGCCAUUGUUCAGGCUGCACUGCCUCAAGGGAUUGUACCCUUUGUGUUUGCAAAGGAGUACAAUGUUCAUCCUGCUAUUUUAAGUACAGGGGUAAUAUUCGGAAUGCUUAUAGCGCUUCCGAUCACGCUGGUUUACUACAUUCUACUAGGGUUAUAAGCUUUGGUUAUGUGAACCCUUUAAUGGAUCAAAUGUAGAGGGAGAAGGAAGACAAGAGAAUGUUUCAACUUGUGUGUGGAGCAAACUAAAGCUUAGAGUAUAUAAGUAAAACUAGGGAGUAGCAUGAUUUAAGAAUGAUGAUGCCAACAUUACAAGCCAAGAAACCCUUACACAUAUAAUAUUGGGAGAUAAUAAGAGUGAGACGAUUUGACGCAGAUAAUGAGGAGCAAAACAUGGGGCAACGAGACAAAACAAAUGUUAAAUAAAAGAUUAGAGGAAGAAGACAACUUGUUAUUUUUGUAACUUUAUUUGUUUUACACAAGUCCCUUUCUGUUAUGUGUGUUAUUUGCUUAGAUUUCGGGUAGCGAUUAUUUGAUUGCUGUGUAGUUUUUUUUUAGUGAAGAAAAGUGUGGUUUGAAUCUUCACUGGUUCAAGUUUCAGAUAAGCAAAAUAACGCUUUUGAAGUUUU